AUGGAGAAAAGAAAAUUUAGGGGACUUGCUGGAAUGGAGCUGGGUCCAGUCGUAAGGGCUGCGACGGUUAUCAAAGCUCAGAAGGAGAUGGUUUCGCUUCACCCAGAACUGCUUCCCGAGUCUGAAGGGGGUAUGCUUUUAUCUAUGAAUCGAAGCUCCAUUUUCUCAGGUGAACGCCACGUUGGAAAACAAGGCCUAGAGUUUUGGAGAUACCUUCUAGCACCGACUUUCUGGGACCCAAACAACGUCGUGGAGGAACUUCGCGUGACUUUGGUUGGGCUCAAGGACAAGCUCCUGGGAGCCAUGCCAGCAAUGCACACCACAACGGAUCUAGUCCCAAUUGCAUUGGUGGCCAGAAGCGCUUCUGUCAUCUCCGCAGAAAAAUUAAUCAACGCAAUUCACCAACCAUUUGGACUGGACUUGGAAAACAUGGGGCGCAGGGAUCUGAGCCAUCACAAUCACACGUGGGUUGAAGGCUGUCUGCUCGUAUUCGACUGGAAGUCUGCAGGCGCAAUUCCGUGGCCUGCAUUCCAGGCGACAACUCGACAAGCGCUCGGUAUCGAACGGUGCGCGAUGCAGUUAAGAAUGACAAGGCGGCAAUCUUUUGAGUCUCAGCGGCCUAUAAUGGCACCAUCGCUCACUUCUCAGCGAAACUCUUUGCGUUGUUCCACAAUUAGCGACCGGACGGUGGCCAGCGUUGGGACUAGCGAUAGCCGAUUGAACGAAAUCAGGGAGCUAGGCGAAGGCCUCGAGCGCCUUGAAAAUAAGCGCCUAAACCAGCAGCGGUUCGUACCCUCCCCGGAGAAGACGGACAAUCUCAGCAAACUGGCCCUUGGAGCCAAGCUUGAGCGUGCCUUGAGGCGAAGAAUGACCGGUCAGGAUGCCGUGAUGCGCAAGCCAAUCGCGAUAGACGAGAAGGAAGCAUUGAAAAUUGCCGGAGCACCAAACUAA